AUGGGGAACGCCGCCACCGCCAAGAAGGGCAACGAGAUUGAGAGCGGUAGAAAUAUUACCAAAGAGAAAUGGAUUAUUCAAAACAGUGGUAGGAAAGUUCCUGACAUAAAAGAUCCCAUUGACAUCUCCAUGCUGUCCAUUGACAUGGAAAACAAGGAAAACGGAUCGCUGGACAUAGAAAACUUGGUAGAGAAUGGAAGACCUCCUGAUCCGGCUGACUGGGCAGUCACAGAUGUGGUGAAUUAUUUCAGAACAGUGGGCUUUGAAGAACAAGCAAAUGCUUUUCAACAACAGGAAAUUGAUGGAAAGUCUUUACUGUUGAUGACAAGGAACGAUGUACUCACUGGACUUUCAUUAAAAUUGGGGCCUGCACUGAAGAUCUAUGAAUAUCAUGUAAAGCCUCUGCAGACACAGCAUCUGAAGAACAGUUCACUAUAG